CACUAAUUUACCCAAAUAUUUUUGACGCGGUAUCGGCAAAACGUCAUUUUUAUGAUAUUUCUUAUGCGCGUGAAGUUUUCUGUUGUGGCUGACCGCUCGCCCUUUCAUUUAGUCUUCAGUUUAGUCCCUAGGCAGUUCUUCAUUUAGUUGGGUUGGCAGACGCCAGGUCCACGUCUGCUUUUUGCCGAUUUUACCACCUGUAACACAGCAUUGUUUUUAGCGCAAUGAGUUCCAGACAGUGUAUCACAGCUGUUUUAAUGUCUUUGUGGACGCUUUGUCAAGCGCACCUGAACCAACCUCAGCAAGCGUUCGGAAUGCAAUCCGGACAGAUGGUUCAGCAAGUUAAUCAUCCGGCAGGAGCGUACGGCGCCGCACCGCACAUGGGUCACCCACAACUUGGCGGUCAUGUUUCACAGGGUGGGAAUAUGCUAAGAGAUAAAACCCAAAUACAAGAUAGGGAGCAUAUCCAAGAACACCUGCAAGAAAUUCUCGGCGACAAGCAGGACCUAUCAAAAAUGACGGAAGAGGAACUUCAAUUUCACUAUUUCAAACUCCAUGACAAUGACGACAAUAACAGACUCGAUGGACUCGAACUCGUCAAAUCCCUAAUCCACUGGCAUGUGGAGGAGCAUAAGCACUUACAGGCCACCCAGGGAAACCCUGCUACGGGCCAGGCAGGUCCUGGUGGAGUAAACGGGCACGCUACGACAAAAAUUUUCAACGAUAUAGAGUUGCAACAAAUGAUUGAUCCAAUCCUGGACAUGGAUGACACGAACCGAGACGGCUAUAUAGACUACCCGGAAUUUGUCGCUGCACAAAAGCAGAGAGGAUUCUAAUUAAAAUAAUGGUUGUUAUCCCUCUGCAGGCUGCCGUUGGAUGAAAACUUGUUUUACAAAGUUUAGCGAAUUGUUUUCGCGAAAACGAGGUUAACGUGCGCUAUUCAUAUAAGCAGGGUGUAAAAAGGGCCUACGAUUAUUUUUAUUAAAUAUUGCUUUUACGUAUUAUAAUGAAUUUCGGCCGUAACUAAUGAUGGCGCAUCCACUUUUACCAGUAAUGAAAUCUAUGUAAAUGAUCCUCGCAUAGAAACUCUACUGAAAUGAUAAGGACGUUUUCGUAGUCACCACCUAGACAACGUAUGUACUUCUGGGUGAAUGGAAUUUCUCGCACAUGUAUUUAUGCGCAUGUUUGUAUGUGUUGUAUGUGUACGUAUGUAUGUAUGUGUCGCGUGCUGGAAUGUGAACAUCUCGCUGUGUUCACGGCGUCGGUACUUAUGACUAUAAGGAAUCUCAAACUUUACUAGUUAUACUUACUUGGUUCGACGACAAAGAUAACGCUUUCUGUUAGGAAAGUUGUUUAAGUUGAAGUAAGUACGAUCAGAGCACAUAACAUAAAUAGGGAAUUACAACCCUUUGUGGAUGCUGUACGCCGAGAACAAUAUCAUAUAAUGAGGAUAACUAUAAUCAUAAUCAAGACAAAUAGUCACAAACACGAGCAACUGUAGUAAAUUACUGUAAUUUAUCAAUACAAAAUAAUUGUAAUCAUUGUGAUAGGGCCCCUAAUAAACAACGCCCACAGGAGUUCAUUCUACACAACAUGUCAUUUUACAAUUAAUGGUAACAACUCUCUACCUUUAUUAGGCCCCAAGAGAGUCGUACGUUGAUUAUUUCUUUAGUAUUCUUAUUCAGCCAAAUUGAUCUAUAAUUGUACUCUAAAGGUGAAGCCUUCAGUUCUGCUACAUGAUAAUAGAUAAAGUUGUGUUCAUAUUUGAAACAACUGUUAUUUUUGUACAAGCAAAAUGAAUAAAUGUAUAUCUAUAUA